AUGUCUUCUAGUUUCAACAGCAAUGACAUUACUCUUUUCUUUUGCUUCUUUGACAACUAUGUCAUUCUUGUCUUCUCCUGUAUGGGAGCAACAUAUGGAGCAAUUAAGAGUGGUGUUGGUGUGGCAAAUAUAGGAGUGAUGAGGCCCAAACUUGUAAUGAAGUUGAUUGUACUAGUUGUUAUGGCUUGUGUUUUGGGUAUAUAUGGCUUGAUUAUUGUAGUUAUUAUCAGUAAUAGAAUUAACCUUGAGGCCAAAUCAUAUUACUUAUUUGAUGAGUAUGCAAAUUUUUCAUCUCAUCUUGCUUGUGGCCUUAGUAGGCUUUUUGCUGGAAUGGUCAUUGGAAUUAUUGGUGAUGUUAGUGUGAUAGCUAAUGCCUAA